AUGUUGAGCUUUUAUGGAAUCGUUGAGUUUUACGAUUCAGCUCAGCAAAUUCAUUAUCGUAAAGUAGGCGAAACAAGCAGGUUUGUAUCCUUUAAGGAUUUUGUGGCCACAACUUCAGGCAAUCAGUUAACGAGCAGUUUGCUAAUUCCAAUCAACAUACCAACAGCUUUCGACAGUGGACAUACGUUUGCAUUAAUAAAAAGUAUAAAUUACUUUACCGAGAUACAUAUUUCAACAAAAAAUGAAAUUGUAACUGAUCGAAAACAACUUUAUAUGGAACAUGCUAAGAGCUUUUCCUCAACAAAUCAAAAUAUCUUCAAUUCUUCCAUAAAAGUAAAUAAUUUAUCUUAUCCAAAUGGUAAAAUAGUGGCGACGCUCAAGAUUCCAUCACAAAAUGUGAGAUUUGGGCAAGUAUUCGCAUGUUCCAUCGCUAUUCUCAAUUGUUUUCGUAAGAUUAAGGGAGAAUUACGAUUGGUAGAGAAGAUUUUGCGUAUUGAUGAUCGUCCACCUAAAUCUCAUACAUUCACAAAAAUAAUAAUAAUCUCAAAGCGAAUAGCAUCAUUAAAGGUUGAAGACAAGAUGUGGAUGAGAGAUUUGGUGGAUAUGUGGAUACCAGAUGAGCCAUGGCGUUAUAAGCUUCCCGGAACAAUAAGCUUGGGUGUUUAUCUUCAAUUGAAAUUAAAUGUAUUUAUGUGUCCGAAUGUAUUAGUUGAAUGUCCAUUGUUUAUUCACUCAAUGUCUGAAAAGAGGAAGGAUGAAUGUUUUUUGCAAGAAAAAAUGUUUCUUCUUAACAAAGAAACUAGUUAUCAUGAAAUAAGUUAA